AGGGUCUGCUCUUUCUUUUUCUAGGCGGCGCGGCGACUCGAGCGGUCGCGCUGGGUGUCUCUGUGGACUAUCUGUUGCCAUCCUCUUCAGUGGCGCGACCCCCGCAUCUGCCAUCACCAUGACUGAGCAGAUGACCCUUCGUGGCACCCUCAAGGGUCAUAACGGAUGGGUAACGCAGAUCGCUACCACUCCACAGUUCCCGGACAUGAUACUGUCUGCCUCUCGAGACAAGACUAUCAUCAUGUGGAAGCUGACCAGGGAUGAAACCAAUUAUGGUAUCCCUCAGCGUGCUCUGAGGGGUCACUCCCACUUUGUUAGUGAUGUGGUCAUCUCCUCAGAUGGCCAGUUUGCGCUCUCUGGCUCCUGGGAUGGAACCCUGCGCCUCUGGGAUCUUACAACGGGCACCACCACAAGACGAUUUGUAGGCCAUACCAAGGAUGUACUGAGUGUGGCCUUCUCUUCUGACAACCGGCAGAUUGUCUCUGGAUCCCGAGACAAAACCAUAAAGUUAUGGAAUACACUGGGUGUAUGCAAAUACACUGUCCAGGAUGAGAGUCACUCGGAGUGGGUAUCUUGCGUCCGUUUCUCGCCUAACAGCAGCAACCCUAUCAUUGUCUCCUGUGGCUGGGACAAGCUGGUCAAGGUAUGGAAUUUGGCAAACUGCAAGCUGAAGACCAACCAUAUUGGCCAUACUGGGUAUCUGAACACUGUGACCGUCUCUCCCGAUGGAUCCCUGUGUGCUUCUGGAGGCAAGGAUGGCCAGGCUAUGCUGUGGGAUCUCAAUGAAGGCAAGCAUCUUUAUACAUUAGAUGGAGGAGACAUCAUCAAUGCCCUGUGCUUCAGCCCUAACCGCUAUUGGCUCUGUGCUGCCACUGGCCCCAGCAUCAAGAUCUGGGACUUGGAGGGCAAGAUAAUCGUGGAUGAACUGAAGCAAGAAGUUAUAAGUACCAGCAGCAAGGCAGAGCCCCCUCAGUGCACCUCUCUAGCCUGGUCUGCUGAUGGCCAGACUCUGUUUGCUGGCUACACAGAUAACCUGGUGCGAGUGUGGCAGGUGACUAUUGGCACCCGCUAGAAACGUGUCAGCUUUAAAAAAAUAAAGAACUGGCUUUAUA